AUGACCGUCACAUAUGAUACUCCCCCUCGUGGGUCACAUACCUCCAUGGCAACCCUCGAGGAUCGCUUUGAAGUGAUCAAGGAGGUUGGUGAUGGAAGCUUCGGUAGCGUUGCCGUCGCACGUGUACGGACCGCCGGUGCCCACAUUGCCCGGAGAGGAACUAUGGUCGCGAUCAAAACCAUGAAGAAGACAUUCGAUUCAUUGGGUCCUUGUUUGGACCUGCGAGAGGUCAUUUUCCUCCGAACAUUACCAAUUCACCCCCACCUCGUUCCCGCCCUUGACAUCUUUCUCGAUCCCCUCUCCCGCAAGCUGCACAUCUGCAUGGAAUACAUGGAUGGCAACCUAUACCAACUGAUGAAGGCCCGUGACCAAAAGUCCUUCGAAGGCAAGCACGUCAAAAGCAUUCUAUAUCAGAUCUUAUCGGGUCUGGACCACAUCCAUGCACACCACUUCUUCCACCGCGACAUUAAGCCCGAGAAUAUUCUCGUGUCGACCUCCGCCCCCAAUGAUUCCGCCUUUAGCCGCUACUCUAACCUUGUCACUCCCCCUCCACCCCUCCCGUUUACACUGUGA